AUGGAAUCCGUUUCAAGGAAUCGGUUCCAGCCCUAUGCGCGUCGCGCACGGCAGCAAGCCAGACAGCCAGACAGGACCAAUGAGAUCAUUCAGCAACUGCCCAAACCUCUUGCUGGUUUCGUGAAACGGUCUCUGCAGUGGUUCGGCUUCAUUCAACCAGAGGAGGACUCGGAUUCUGAACUGGACAGAGAACUGCAUACGACGAAUGGCGACUUUGAGUUCUUGCCAGGCGCAGACAAGGAGCACGAAGGACAGGCAAAGGAGACUGGAAAGGACGACAAGGCGAGCAAGCAUCAGGACGAAGAGUACUCAAAGUUGUACCCUGACCUCCGUGACUACCUCGACUCUCUCAACGCGAAGCAGGCUUCUCAGUUGGACUCUGAGGAAUUGGCAGCCGCGAUGACUCCUGAGAAGGUUGCCGAAAGACUCAGGUUGCGCAAGGAGCUCAUGGAUAGCACCAAGGGCCUACCUAUCCCUAUCCAAAAGAACGAGGUGACAAUUAAAAAGUCAACACAGGAGGAGGCCACAUCGAAGGACGAUAGUCCUGAAGCUAGCGAGCCCUCUGUCAAGAGUGCUGGAGAAACCCUGGAUGACAUGUACAAAGCUGGUGCAGCGCUCUCACCUGCAGAGAUUAACUUAGUCAUGCGCAUGAGGAGGCUACAGAAGCAGGCACCUGCUGCUACGAGUCCAUCAGAUAUGAGGUUGCUCGAGGAUUAUCUCCCCAACGUGAACAACCCUAUCGUUCGCUCAUCUCAGGAGUCCAGAAGCACAUAUAGCCAGGAUCGCCGGUCGCUUGACAAAUUUCCCACUCGUUCACAGGAGCAUAAUGGUCAUGGCCGGAGUCAACUCCGCCAUGAGCCUUCGGACGUUGUCAUGUCGUCUCAGAGUGCUGCCGAAGAAAGAUACGAUAACCACACACACUCUCAUUCGCAGUCCAACAGCCGUCACUGUGCUUGUGGACGAGAAGUUGACAACGAGCCUAGUGCGUACCCUGGCAAGAGGACCCGUGCCGACCGAUCGCCCACGCCUGUAUCAGACGAUGAAAUGAGUUCUCAACGUGGCUAUCCGCAGGAGCAGGAGAAGCCUAAAAAGAAGAGGAACAUUCGCAAAAUUCCUGGCCGAUUCACAGCUCUGGAUUCUUCGGACGAAGAGGAGGACCAGCGACAACACGAUCUCAGGGUGGCUGAGCGUAGGGCUGCCCAGAAGAACCAUGCCACUGCCUAUAACUCCUCUCAUAGCACCCAAGGAGUGCCUCUUUAUCACACACCUCCUCAGAUCUACCCUACCCUGCAGUAUGGCGUCCGUACAAAGCUUUAUAACCCGAAGAUCGACGAGGUGUUGAAAUGGACUGCUUCGCCUCCCUCCGACCCUGUGUCAUUGGACACCUGGAGGUGCCCCAAGUGUGAGCAGCGCACUAGAAAGACUUCGUCAACCUGCCAGUUCUGCAAGGCUGAGCGACCAGAACCAUCGAUUCCCAACACCACCCCUAUCUCGACACUGAAGGCUAUGAUGAAAUCGGACGAUUUCAAGGACCUCAAGGAGUCGUUCACGUCCAACCCCAUCGUCUCGGCAGCUAUCUCAGCCGCCCCUGCAGCUUUCGGCGCUCUGGCCACUGCUGGCGUCUCGGUCGGUGCUCUCAAGGCGAUUUCAAACUUGGUGUCAGAGUCGAAGGAUUUGGAGACACCAAAGAAGGCAGACGCUUCAAAGGCUCCUGCUCUGUUCCCUAUGACUACACUCGCGCCUCCUGCCGCUGCACCAUCGAUCACCACCUCAAAGGAUGCAGACAAGGAGCCAGAAAAAGAAAAGGAGAAGCCCAAGUCUAUGGGCACCUGGGCGUCAAUUGGCUUCAAGGGUCCGGAUAACUCAGGAAAGUGGAAGUGCGAUGUCUGUGACAGCUACAGCCUGAACGCGCUCGACAAGUGUGGAGCCUGUGAAACUCCUAAGCCCGGUGCAGAGCCAAAGGCUGCCGCUGCCGUUCCGAACAUGUUUGCAGUCGCUGCUGCAAACGCUGCUGCUCCGUCGUCCUCUGGGUCGAAGCCGGCUGCACCCGCACUGUUCAGCUUUGGAGCACCGUCAUCGUCCGUUACUCCUGCUGUCUCCGCUGCUCCCGCCAUGUUCUCGUUUGGACAACCCUCGUCUACACCUGCCUCAAGUGCAAGUGCCGCUCCAGCAAUGGACCUGUUCGCACCCCCUGCUGCCAAGCCUACCUCGACUGAUGCUGCCUCCUCUGCUACGAACCCUGCUGGUGCUCCUGGAGGAUUCGUUUUCAAGGCAUCUGCUGCUACACCUGCAGCUACAGAGAUGAAACCACCAGGAAGCUUGUUUGGAUUGACCUCAGCAGCAAGCGCUGGUGGCAACGCGUCCAAGGCCCCAGGUCUGUUCUCCAUGACAACCCCCACACCUGCCACCUCUGACUCGGCCAAGCCGGCUUCGGCCCUUAUCAGCAACCCCUUCGCGUCCACAACUGCAUCCAUCGCAAGCCCCUUUGCCAUUCCCGCCACCUCUGCUAUUGCUGCUUCGGCCCCUGCACCUACGCCAUCCUCGCUCUUUGGAUCGACUGCACCUGCUCCCGCAUCGGCCCAAGCGGCAUCCAAGCCAACCGCAGCACCGAUUUUCUCGUUCGGGGCUUCAUCAACAUCAACUGCACCCACAACCCCUACCACCCCACUGUUUUCCACUUCCGCCAGCACGGCUUCUCCUUUGUUUGGUGCGAAGCCAACGGUCACUUCUGGAGCGGGCCUCUUUGGCGCUGGAUCAGCUAGUACAGCCACGACGACAGCAGCAAUUUCAGCGCCACUGUUUGGUGCCUCUUCUACAACCACAGCAGCCCCCGCAUUCGGAGUGACGGCAACAUCGACACCCGCUCCAGCAUUUGGAGCUUCAACUACUCCUGCUCCUUCCUUUUUCGGAGGUGCAUCGUCUGCAGCUCCCACGUCAACCUCGUUAAUGUUUGGAGGAGCCUCAUCAACGACUUCGCCCGCGAAGCCAGCGACCUCUUCAAUGUUCGGAGGCACCACCACCCCUGCGCCAUUGGGCUCUACUCUGUUCGGUAACCCUGCUGCUAGCGCAACGACUACCAGUGCCCCCGCUACCGGAUCCUCAAUGUUUUCGUUCUCUAACCCGUCGACUACAUUUGGUGCAAAGCCUACUACCAUGCCUGCGUCGACUGCUCCCACGUUCUCUUUUGGAGCAAGCACCCCGGCAACAUCAGCCGCAGCAGCAGCUCCUGCUAGCACUGGAUUUGGUGGGUUUGGAGCUUCGAGCACACCUGGUUUCUCAAUGACAAGCCCUGCAGCGAGCGCUGCAUCGGCCGCCCCUAGUCCUUUUGCAUUUGGAUCUGCCACUACUGUACCAACAGCCGCACCCUCGUUUGGAUUUGGCUCCAGCACACCUGCUGCGACUGUUGCACCGGCAGCCGCUGGUUUCGCUGGCUUUGGAUCGGGAUCGAGUGCUAACCCCUCGGCCGGAGCUUCUUCGUCGAGCUCUCCCUUUGCUUUUGGAGGCAACUCUGGCACAGGUGGAUUCUCAGGAUUUGGACAGACUACAGGAGCAUCCCCUAACACUUCGAAUGCAUCGAUGUCAAUGGGAGCGACACCAACGAAUCCUAGCAGCGGUGGCUUUGGUGGUUCCGCGCCUGGUGGAAAUGGCUUUGGCAUGUUUGGGGCCGCUGCCCCAGGAUUUGGAGCGUCAAGCACGACUCCUACGAUUGGAUUUGGUUCGCAGAGCGCCAACCAGUCUUCCCAGGCCAGCCCCUUUGGACAACAGGGUGGUGGAGGCUUUGGCGGUCAGAGCACUUUCAACUCGCCUAUGGGAGGAGCGGGAGGAUUCGGUGCGUCAUCUGGAAUGACUGGAUUCGGGGCCUCCGCAGCUCCUGCCGGAGGAGCAGGAGCAGGAGGAUUUGGAACAGGCAGUAUCACAAUUGCAGGAGGCGCUGGUAGCUUUGGCAGCCAGGCAAGUGGCGGCGGUGUUGGCGGAUUUGGAGCGACCACUAGUAACAAUGGCGCUUUCGGGUUCCAGGGCAUGCCUACAGCACCUGGUGGAUCGCAGUACACCCAACCCGCCCAACCUGCUGCUGGUGGAUUUGCGUUCAACAUGGGCGUGAACACUCCAACGCCAGGUUCCGAAAGGAAGAUCGCCAAAAUGCGCAAGAAGCGCACCUAA